UGUUAAUCCGGUACUGUUUAGCUUAGGGGGUACAGCUCUCAACUGUCCUCUUCCGAAAAGUGAGGUUAUCACGCUCCCAAUUUGAGGUUAUCUCCCAAAAUGUUUUUAAUAACCCGAAAAAACCCCCUCAAACGCACUGCCAAAUUAAAACACAAUCUAAACACCGUCCGGUGCUUCAGCGAAAGACUCACCAGCCCCGAAGUCGACAUUAAUUUUAACAACGGGCGCUCCUUGAAGAUUUCCACUGGUCAGUAUGCCCGCCUGGCCGACGGUUGUGCGGUGGCAACUCUUGGAGACACAUCGGUGAUGGUCACAGCAGUAUCAAAAACAAAAGCGAGCCCUAGCAAUUUUCUCCCGUUGGUAGUAGAUUACAGACAAAAAUCGGCGGCCGCUGGCCGCAUUCCUACGAAUUUUUUCCGACGCGAACUAGGUCCGUCUGAACGAGAAAUAUUAACGUCGCGUUUGAUCGACCGCAGUCUUCGACCACUGUUUCCAGAACAUUUUAAUUACGAUACUCAGGUGGUUUGUAAUAUGUUGGCUGUUGAUAGUGUGAAUAAUCCUGACGUUAUUUCGAUUAAUGCGGCGAGUGCGGCUUUAGCUUUGAGUGAUAUUCCGUGGAAUGGCCCCGUGGGGGCUGUUCGCUUGGGGUUUAUUGAUAACGAGGUGAUUAUUAAUCCCACACGGAAGGAGUUACAGUCGUCUAGUCUUAAUUUAGUUUUAUCGGCAACCAAACGUAACUUGGUUGUGAUGUUAGAAGGCAACGCUAACAGUAUUUUCCAACAAGACUUACAAAAGGCAAUCAAAUUGGGAACCAAAGAGACUCAACAUGUCAUAAGUGGUAUCGAAGCACUACAGAAAGCUUUUGGUAAACAAAAACGGGAGUUGGUUCCAGUGACUGAAGCUAGUGAAGAAGUUAAUGAGGCUGUGAGAUCUUUAUGUGAAAUGAGAGUACGUAAAAUUUUUACUGAUUACACUCAUGAUAAGUUGAGUAGGGACAAUGCUUUAUCAGACGUGAGAACUGACGUAGUGGAGAAAAUGAAAGCUAAUUUUCCUGAUCUUGAUCCAAACUUGUUGAAUGAAACUUACAAUAAAAUAGUUAAGCAGAUUUUCCGUGAUUUAAUUUUUGAGGAGGAAAAGAGGUGUGAUGGACGUCUUUAUGAUGAGUUGAGGAACAUUGAGUGUAAAGUUAAUUUGUAUAAACCUUUGCAUGGGAGUGCGAUGUUUCAAAGGGGACAAACUCAGGUGUUUUGUACGGUAACUUUAGAUUCCCAUGAAAGUGCAAUGAGGAUGGAUCCUAUGGCCAUGUUAAUUAGUGGUGUCAAAGAAAAAAAUUUUUUCCUCCAUUACGAGUUUCCUCCGUUCGCGACGAAAGAAACAGGAAGGAUAGGUCCGAUUGGGAGGCGGGAAAUAGGACAUGGGGCUUUAGCGGAAAAAGGGUUAACACCGUCAAUUCCAGAUGAUUUUCCGUUCACGAUUCGACUGACGUCCGAGGUUUUAGAAUCGAACGGGUCUAGUUCGAUGGCGAGCGUUUGUGGGGGCACUUUGGCUUUGAUGGACGCCGGUGUGCCCAUCACUGCCCCAGCGGCGGGGGUGGCGAUCGGGCUGGUCACACGGUAUGACCAGGAGAGGAAGAACAUAGAGGAUUAUCGACUGCUCACGGACUUAUUGGGUAUAGAAGAUUACAUGGGCGACAUGGACUUCAAAAUCGCCGGUACCAAAAAAGGAAUCACCGCCCUUCAAGCCGACAUCAAAAUCCCAGGCCUCCCUCUGAAAAUCGUAAUGGAAGCCAUCCAGAAAGCCACCGACGCUAAACACAAAAUCUUCCAAAUCAUGCACGAAUGCAUCGAUAAACCUAGAACCAUAAAAAAAGACAACUGGCCAGUGUCCGAGAAACUCGAAGUGGAACCACACAAAAGAUCAAAACUGAUUGGCAUGGGCGGCAUGAACUUGAAGAAAUUAUUCGCAGAAACCGGUGUUCAAGUGUCUCCGCUCGACGACAACACUUUCGAGAUUUUCGCCCCCAACCAAAGCGCCAUGGACGAAGCACAGGAAUUCAUCAACAAACUUUUGACAGCUGAGAGAGUUCCGGAAUUGGAGUUCGGCGGUAUUUACAGUGCCAACAUUGUGGAAAUUAGGGAUAUAGGUGUUAUGGUUACUUUGUACCCCGGGAUGCCACCGGCGCUGCUGCAUAAUUCGCAGCUAGAUCAGAGAAAGGUUGCUCACCCUUCGGCGCUUGACUUGCAGGUAGGCCAAGAAAUACAAGUCAAGUACUUUGGCAGGGAUCCGGUUUCCGGGUUGAUGAGGCUGUCACGGAAAGUCUUACAAGCGCCGCCUAAAUAAUAGACUAUAUUUGUACUAUUUUUUUAUAUAAAUUUGUUUAUAAAAGA